ACCUCUACCUCCUACAUUUCCAUCUCUCAAAUUCCUUCCCUCUCCCCAAUUUGAAUGCAACAAUUCAUUCUCUUUCUUAAAGACCUUCUCUCUAAGAGCUUUCUCUCACUACCACACAAUACGAAAAAUACACUACACUACACUACACUACACUACACCAUUUUCUCUCCCUUCCUUAUUAUAACAUUUAAAACGGAUCUACCUUGUCCCACCAGAAAAUACUCGUCAACAAAGACCAUAGCUACCUGCUAACACAACAGCGAAUAUAUCACAAAGAUUCAACGUGUACCGGAAAUCGAUAUCAAGCAAUUGAUAUAUCUGGCAUACUCGAAAAUAAUACCCCGAGAAUCAUUCUUUCAACAUCAUCAUCCUAUUAGCGGUUCAGCUACGUGGGAAACUGGCCAAUACACCUACCAAUCUACGGAGUUAUUGAUAAUACAAUCAUUUCUUGGGACUUGAUUUGUAAAAUCAAUCCAUAUAUUCAGAUAUCAUACCGGACGCAGAUAUCGCAUAACUCUCUCUUUUCGGAUCGUCAUCGCACACGCAAAGUGUAAUCAAGUCUCUCCAUCAUGGAGCAACAACAGCAGCCGCAAGGUCCACCAGCUCAAACUGGUGUACCUGGUCCAACUGGACGAAGAUUACAUAUUGCGCAUCGAAGAAGUCCUUCAGAACUUACUCCAUUAAUGAGUAUGUUCUCCAACCCAAAUAGUAUGGAACAACUGGCUAUUCAGCAACAAAUUGAGCUUCUACAAGCACAGCAACAGCAGAUUCAAGCUACCCACCAACAAUAUGUCAAUAUGGGAAUGAUUCCCGGCCAACAUCUUGCUGCUCCUGGCCAAGGUUUCAAUCCUUUACAGCAACAACAAAUGCAAAACCAAAAUGCAUUCCAAUUCUCUAAUCAGCUACAACCACAACAGAUGAACGUACCUAUGGGAGCGCCUCCUACACAGCCUCUUUCACAUCGUCGUAAUCAAUCGGCACUUCCAAAUAUGGGUAUGGCUAUGGCAGGUCCACCACCUGCUCCAUCUUCAGGUGCGGCUGGCCAAGGCUUUGCUCAAGACUUUGGCGGAAAUAACAACCGUGGUGAGAGUCAAUCUACAAGAGGCGGUCGUGGCGGAGGACCUCCAGGUGGUGGUCAUCAAAGACGUCAUUCUCUUGCCUUGCCUGAAGCAAAGAAGGCAGCUGAAAUCGCACAACAGAAGAGAACUACUUCUGGAUUUCAAUUCCCUAUUCCUGGUGCAGCUGGAGCUACCUCGACUGGUGGUGAUAAUUCAGAAAAUGUGAGCCCAGGUGAUGACAAACCUACACCAAGUACCAGCAAUCAUUUGACCCCAAGCUCUGCUAUGCGUGGUGGUCGUGGUGCUCAUGGUAGAAGUCAAAGUAUGGCUGUCGGAGGUGGUCAAAAUGGGAGAGGUGGAUCAUCUCAACGAGGUGGUGGCUCAUUUCAAUUCCCACCAACACAAGGAUCUACAGACAAUGGUGCAGGUCAAAACAAUGACUUUGGAAGAAGAAACAGUGCUCAAGCUGGGCAUGCUCGUAACUCUUCUCGAAACUUUGAUGGUAACUGGAGAAAUCAAGUACCUCAAAAUGCUGCUCCGCAAGAUCCACAACCACAAAUGGGCAACUUCCAAGGUCAACAAAACCAAGGUGGUUUCCAACCAGGUCACCGUAAUCGUGGAUCUAUCAAUCAAUCCAUAAGUAACAUCGGUGGAUUUCAAUACCAAGGUCAACCUCAACUGUUACAGUUUGCCCAAGGACAAAUGAUCAUGCCUCAAGGGUUAGGGUUCCAACAAAUGAAUCCUUUACAGCUUAAUCAACUUCAGCAGCAACUACAGGCUUCUCAACAAAUGAAUGGACAAAUGGGCAUGCAAAAUGGCCAGCAACCACAACAGCAGCAACAGCAACAGCAACAACGUAAAACCUUGUUCACCCCCUAUCUUCCUCAGGCUACUCUUCCAGCUCUUCUUGGCGAUGGUCAGCUCGUUUCCGGUAUUUUAAGAGUUAACAAGAAGAAUCGUUCUGAUGCUUACGUCACUACCCAUGAUGGAUUGCUCGACGCCGAUAUCUUCAUCUGUGGUAGCAAGGAUCGUAACCGUGCUUUAGAGGGAGAUCUCGUUGCAGUUGAGUUGUUGGAUGUUGACGAAGUUUGGGGACAAAAGCGCGAGAAGGAGGAAAAGAAGAAGCGCAAGGAUAUAACCGAUAACAGAACUGGUGGAUCGGGCAAUGGAAACAAUGAUCGCAAUCAUCAUCGUGAUAAUUCUACCAAUGGUGAUGAUCAAAACCAAGAGGGUGGACUUAGAAGACGUGGAAGUUUGAGACAACGCCCAACUCAAAAGAAGAAUGACGAUGUUGAAGUUGAGGGACAGAGUCUUUUACUUGUUGAGGAAGAGGAAGUCAAUGACGAACAAAAGCCACUUUACGCUGGUCACAUUGUCGCAGUCAUUGAACGUGUUGCCGGGCAAAUGUUUUCCGGUACCCUAGGUCUUCUCCGACCAUCCAGCCAAGCUACUAAGGAGAAGCAAGAAGCUGAACGUCAAGCUCGUGAUGGAAAUUCUGGUCGUCAUCAAGAGCAACGUCAACAAGACAAGCCAAAGAUUGUUUGGUUUAAACCUACCGAUAAGCGUGUUCCAUUGAUCGCUAUCCCCACUGAACAAGCACCACGCGAUUUUGUCGAGAAGCAUCAAGAUUAUGCUGAUCGUAUUUUCGUUGCUUGCAUCAAGAGAUGGCCAAUCACCUCUCUUCAUCCUUUCGGUACCCUUGUUGAACAACUUGGUAAGAUGGGUGAAUUGAAGGUUGAGACCGACGCUCUUCUUCGUGACAACAACUUUGCUUCUGACGAGUUUUCGGAUGCUGUUACACGUAGCGUUGGUCUUGAUGAUUGGUCUUUGGAGAAGGAAGAUGAAACUUCCAUCUCCACUAGACGUGAUCUCCGUAACGAGAAGACCUUUACCAUUGAUCCAAAUGGUGCCAAUGAACUUGAUGAUGCUAUUCACGUGAAAACUGAAGCAGAUGGGAAGAUCGAAAUUGGUAUUCACAUUGCUGAUGUUGCUCAUUUCAUCAAGGCAAACUCUCUUGUCGACAGAGAGGCCCGCAAACGUGGAACUGCUGUUUAUUUGAUGAACAGAUCUUGUGCUAUGUUACCUCCAAAGAUUGCCUCGGACAUUUGCUCUUUGACACCAGGUCAAGAUCGUCUCACCGUCUCAGUUGUAUUCAAAGUCAACGCCCAAACCGGCGCUGUUUUCGAGGAUGAGACUUGGAUUGGAAAGAGUAUCAUUAAGAGUGGUGGCAAAUUGACAUACAAGGAUGUCGACGCUGUUCUUUCCGGCCAAACCGAUGUAAAACUCGAGGGUGCUGAAGUAAAGGAUAUUCAAAUCCUCAAUGCUGUUGCUCAAAAAUUCCGUGAAUCUCGUCUUGGAUCUGAUGGAGAGACUAUUGCACCAUUAAGACUUGUUUAUCAGUUAGAUGACGAGAAUGUUCCAGUGGAACAGAAUAUCUUUGAUUCUACUUCAUCUCAUGAAUUAAUUGAAGAAUUGAUGAACAAGGUCAAUUAUUAUGUGGCACAAAAGAUCUACCAAGGUCUUCCUGAAAAGGCACUCCUUCGUCGACAAGGCCCACCAAAUCCAAGACGUCUUCAAACAUUUGCUGAUCGCAUGAACAAAAUUGGAUACGAAAUCGAUACCUCAAGCAGUGGACGUCUUCAAAACAGUCUUUUCAAGGUCGAUGAUACCGAUAUUCGCAAAGGAAUGGAAACUCUUUUGGUCAAGUCCAUGCACCGCGCCAAGUAUUUCAUUGCUGGAAAGACUCAACCACAUCUUUACCCUCAUUAUGCUCUGAACUUACCAUUAUACACUCAUUUCACCAAUCCAUCUCGUCGUUAUGCAGACUUGGUUGUUCAUCGUCAACUCGAAGCUGUUCUCUCUGAAGGGAAGAUUGAAUAUAAUGAGGACAUGGAGACUCUCGUCAAGACGACCGAGUCUUGCAACGGAAAGAAGGAUUCAGCUCAAAAUGCUCAAGAGCAGAGUGUUCAUAUCGAGUCUUGUAGGAUUAUGGAUAGAAAGCGUGAAGAGGCUGGUGGUGAACUUAUCAGUGAGGGUAUCGUCGUCUGUGUUCACGAAUCUGCUUUCGAUGUUUUAAUUCCUGAGUUUGGCUUCGAAAAGAGAGUUCAUUGCGAUCAACUUCCACUUAAGAAGGCCGAAUUCAGAAAGAAUGAGAGAGUACUUGAGUUGUACUGGGAGAAGGGUGUACCAUCAUCUGCCUAUGUUCCAGAAGAUGAGCGUCCAAAGGCUGGUGCGUCUCAAAGAACUACCAACGCUGCUGCCGCUGCUAAGCAAGCCGCUGUUGCCGAGAGAGCCAAGAAGGAGCACGAAGAAGCUCAACGAAAGACAACGGAGACUGGUACCAUCUCAACUGAUGAUGUUGAUGCUUUAUUCGAUGAUGACGAUGAUGCUUCCGACAUUGCUGGUAGCGUUGCUGGUGUUUCCCUUGCUGAACGCCCAACUCAAAGUGUUCCACCAUCACCAACCAAGAACUCGAUAUCAGCCGCAACCAGCCUUCACCGAACUCGUUCCGACUCAAAGGUACCAACUGGCGAACCUGUUGAAGCUAAGCUUAGUGCUAAGGAGAAGUACUUGAAGUAUUUCACCCUUCGUGAGGAAGAUGGUGAAUACAUUCAAGAUGUCAAGGAGAUGACAAGAGUUCCAGUCAUCUUGAAGACUGAUCUUACAAAGAGUCCACCAUGUCUCACAAUUAGAUCGCUCAAUCCUUACGCACUCUAAAUCUAAUUCAACCAAUCAUCUUACAUGAGGUUUUGAACGCUUUGAUAUAAUGUCGAAUUAUUUGACCAGCAAAAUGGAUACAUUCUGUGGGCUAUGAAGUAUUGCAGACGUGAUACACUGAUUUGUGUUAUUUUUACCAAUAAUACCGACCAAUCAUUAUUUUUAGGUCUUUUUUGACUAUCAGAUUGUCAUAUUGAUGAAUCAAAAUGAGACUGGGGAUGAAGAGUGGAUGAAUGAAUGAAGGAAAGAAGGAUUAAUUAUUGAGGAGGAUCAAAUGGGUACGAGUUUUACUUGAAUGCUGUGAAAAGUGAAUGAUCAUGAAACGAGUUAGGAAAAGGAAACGGUACGAAGAAAGUGUAUGCCUUUUUUUGGCCGGAUCAUAUAUCGGGUGAGAAAGGAAUCAAGGCUCGAAUAUAUUUCCUUUGCCUUUUAGCGUUUCUGUAUCAGAUGCAUUUGUAGUCUAGCGAAAAGAAAUGAAUCUAAAUCAUGAAUGUUUUGUCUUUGAA